UGAUCAAUUUUUUUCUUUAGCCAGCUUCCCACCGAUUCCUCCUCCUUCAAGCUUAAAAUACAACGAGCAAAUUUUCACCAUUCUGCUUCCUUUCUUUUCUCGCUCUCUCUCUCUCUCUCUCUCUCUCUCUCUCACGGCUUCUCCAUUUUAAAUCAAAAGCCUACUUUCCCUUCGUCUGGAAAACUUGCCUCCUCUAUACUUGAACUCUGCAGUGACGUGUUUGAAGAAAAAGAAGUAGAAGUAAAAUUUCUUUUCUCUUUGCUUGCACUGUCUAUCUCUUCGAUUUUGAUGAUCCCUGGUUUUGAAGCUUUUUGGCGGGCUUAUUCUGUUAGCUGCUGAUUCGAUUGAUAGUCCAUUUGGCUUCCCGAACUUUGUAAGAGAGUAACAGCAAGAGGAAGAGGGAAAAAAAGAGGAAGAAAAAGAAGAGGAAGAGCGUGAGUGCGUGCAUUGACGCGUGCUUCGGGGGUUGGGUUAGGUGGUGUGUUUGAUUUUUUGAUCGUCGACCCUUGAGGCCCGUGUAGAAAUGCCUCACCGAACCACUUACUUCUUCCCUAGGCAAUUCCCGGAUCGCGGGUUUGAUGCAUCGGCUAAGCAACUUCUCGGUGAUCGCGAGAAGAAGACUUCUGCUGAAAAAGACUCGUUUCACGUUGAAAAGGACCAAGUAGACCCCAAGAAACCGUCCUCAAAUAAGGAUUUGUCACCCUUUCUCACUAAAAACUCUACUGUUUCGGAUCUUUUAUCGGGACUUGGAGCUGGCACUGAUGACAAGUACCAAACCAAGAAGCAACAGUUCGCCGAUUUCUGCGAGUGGUUGGCGGAGAAGAAAGGAGAGAGAUCGUCUAAUCAGACUAAACUUGCUCGGCUUUACUCCAGUGAUAUCGAUGAGGACCGUGAGCUCCUCCUCUCUCCGCCCCACGAGGCCAUCACCAGUACCACCACCACUACACCGUCAGAAGCUGUGGCAGUGGUUAACGACCCGAGAGACGAACGGAGCUUUGGCCGGCAAGUAUCGCUGCCGAGACUGUCGAGCGGUAGCAGUUACGCCGGGAGUUUGUUUUCGGGGACCACGUUGGACGGAAACUUCUCGAGCAUCGAUGUGAAGGACACGUCCCCGCGUCUGUCGACAACGAGGCAGGAGGUGGAAGUGGAGGUGGAGGCCCAGGAGGAUGAGAGUAAAGAAAGCUUGACACAAAGGGCCAAAGAGAGCUUCUACUUGCAGCUUACGAUGGCGAGGAAGCUCACUAUGCAAGCAAGUCUCGGUUGUGAGCCUGUGCUCCUAAAUGACUUCGGACCUGAUAUUGUCGACGCUGAAACUGUCUCCUAUCGUCUCUGGGUAAGUGGUUGCUUAUCUUAUAGUGACAAGAUAUCAGAUGGAUUCUAUAACAUUUUGGGGAUGAACCCGUACCUCUGGGUGAUGUGUAAUACUUGGGAGGAAGGAAGACAGUUGCCACCUCUCUUGUCGCUUAAGGAAAUCGAACCCAGUGAGAUGCCCAUGGAGGUGGUUCUUGUCGAUAGACGAGGGGACUGGCGACUUAAGGAACUAGAAGAUAAAGCACAGGAGUUAUAUUGUGCUUCAGAGAAUACCUUGGUGUUAGUAGAACAACUAGGCAAACUGUGCUAUUACAUGGGGGGAUCUUUCCCGGUGGAACAAGGCGAUCUACACAAACGCUGGAAAAUGGUUAGCAGGAAGCUGAGGGAUUUUCAGAAAUGUAUUGUGAUUCCGGUUGGCAGCCUAUCUAUGGGGCUUUGCAGGCAUCGUGCCAUUUUAUUCAAGAAAUUGGCAGACUACAUAGGUUUGCCAUGUAGGAUAGCUCGAGGUUGUAGGUAUUGCAUGGCAGACCAUCGAUCAUCUUGCCUUGUCAAAAUCAAAGAUGACCGGCAGUUGUCAAGGGAAUACGUGGUUGACCUAGUUGGUGAACCAGGAAAUGUCCAUGGUCCAGAUUCCUCGAUCAAUGGAGGAUUACUUUCUCAGCUGCCUUCACCACUUCAGAUUUCUCAUCUAAAAGAAUUUCAACAGUCUUAUGUGGAUAGUGAAGUCUAUUGUCAGAUUUUAGAUUCAAACCAGCCAUGUCUUCCCUCUGAGAAUCCUCAAGAUUCAGCUUAUGAGCAGGAGUUUCAAAAGUUGAAGGAAAUGAUUGAAAAUGUUAGAGGCUCUGUUUUUGCUCGUGCCGAUAAAUCAUGUCAUGGAAAAGAGUCAUCUCUGAUGCCUGUGGAAACUGCUGGUGGAGCAACACUACAUGACAAAUCAAGAAUUGGUGGGGAGACGGUAGCUACAUGCGGAACGUUCAAAAGAGAGAUUGUUACACCUGGGAGUGUAAUCUUAAACAGUUCUAUCCAGGAGCCAACUGGAAACCUAUCUAUUCGAUCUGGCUCAGAGGAGGUUGAGACUGCAACUAGUGAUGAUUGCAAAUUUUCUAUGGAAACCAUACCAAGAGAUGUCGCAGUGAAGGUUUUAACCCUUCAAGAUUUUCAUGAUGAUCAGUUGAAAGAGUUUCUAAGAGAGGUUGCAAUAAUGAAACGCAUCCGGCAUCCAAAUGUAGUUCUCUUCAUGGGUGCUGUCACAAAGCGUCCUUAUCUGUCAAUUGUGACAGAAUAUCUUCCUAGGGGUAGUCUGUAUCGGCUCAUACAUAGGCCUGCUUCCGGGGAAAUGUUAGAUCAGAGAAGAAGGUUACGUAUGGCAUUGGAUGUGGCCAAGGGAAUUAACUAUCUUCAUUGUCUGACCCUGCUCAGCGCCCAUCUUUUGCCAGCAUAGUGGAUAUGCUGAAGAAAUUGUUGAAGUCUCCAGUACAGUUUAUACAAAUGGGUGGACAAUGACGGGGCAAUGCUGACAUAAGCAACCGGAAACACUUAUGAAUAAUAACCUUUUGCUGACUUUUGAAAUUUAAAUUAAAUACAGUAACCGUAGCUUGCUCCCGAUAGACAAUAUACUAACAAAACACCUCUAUUUUUCUGGUUUUAGUAUUCGUCCGGAAAAAAAGAGGCAGAAAAGGAACCUUUUUUUGGUUCUGGGCAACUGUAUAUGCGUUGCUUAUCUAACCCCUAUUUUGAGAGGCAGGAAAACCCAUCAAGACAGGCCUACAAUAAGAAAUGCAGAGAAGCUCCCUUCUGCCCAUGUGGUGUGUGUAUAGGUCUUUU